AUGUUUGGCUGGGUUGUGUCGGCGGUCAAAAGUACUGUAAGGGCUAUUGACGAAUUUGUCAAUCCCCCACCUCCGCCACCUCCGCCACCGCCUCCGCCGCCACCAACUACAACUCCUUUGACGACUCCAUUGACAACUGCACCUCCAACGUCUCCUCCGACUACAACUGUGCUUACUACUACGGAUGUUUCGGAUUCGAAAGUUGCCAUCUUCUUGGUCGUUGUCGUGCUCUUUCUCGUGGCCAGUUGUGUUGGAGUAUUCUUCCUCAUUCGUUGGAGAAAGAGGAAGGCAGCAGCUGCUGCGUUGGCUGGAUCUACACCAGGUGGUGGAUCAUUUGAUGCCGAGAAUGGAUCAACGACUGGUGGAACAAGUGGAACUUCUGGAACUUCUGGAACAUCUGGAACAACUGGAACAACUGGGACCACUACAAAAACCAAAACAAAAGGUGGAAAGAAGAAGAAAGGAAAGAAAGGAAAGAAGACUGGCGCUUCUUCGACGUCCGGCGUCUAA